AUGCCGCGCCCACGGCACAAUACAACUGCUUUGCCUCGGAAUCUCCGAUCUGAGCUCGGAAUCCGCGAUACGUACGGUGAAAAGAAGCGACGCCUCAACGGACCUGCUUCGCGCAAAGAACGCCGCCAAAAUGAACGAACGCAGAAGAAAUCACGACAUGCAGCCCCGCCGAAUAAGAAAGUCUUCCAGAGGCCUCACCAUCAGGCUCGGGCUGACAGCAAUGAGGGGCUCGGGGACGGCAAUGUCGACCUAGACUCGGACGAUAUGGAUGUGGAUGAAAUGCCUAGCCCUCCACGGAAGAAGUCGAAAUCUACAAAGGAGACUGCCGAAAAGCCAAAAUCCAUUUUGAAAAAGGCACCAGCUCCUCAAGAGUCUGAGUCCGAGUCCGAGCCUGAGUCCGACAUAGACCUGAAUGAGAGUGAGGACGAGGACGAGGACGAGGAAGAGGAAGAUGACGACGAAUCAGAUGAAGAUAUCUACGAAGAUGAAUCUGAAGAAUAUAAGCCCUCUGAGAAUCUGGUCUCAGGAUCGGUUAAAUCUAAACUGGCGCAAGAUGACGCCGAAAUCGCCGCGUUGGAGAAGAAGCUUGGCCUCAAAAAGGGAAGCAAACUACCCAAAGCCUUCGAAGAUGAUGGUCUGGAUGACCUGUUGGGUGACCUGGGUGGUGGUGACGAUGGCUCAGAAGACGAAAGCCGGAAAAGAAAGCGUGAAGCUGACGACUGGCUUCAAGCCAAGAGACUCAAGGCUAAAACGCGCCAAGCACAAACAUCUCAACAAGAGGACAGUGAAUUGGAUAGCGAGGAGGAUGGUGAUUUUGACAAAGAGAUUUUUGGGAGCGAUGAUGAGGACGAGGCCGCCGACGGAAGUGACUUCGAAGGGUUCGAUGAGGAAGCAAACAAGGGACCAAAGCAAAAGGAAAAUCCUUACAUUGCCCCUGUUACGAAACCUGAACCCACAGCCCAAAAAUAUAUUCCACCUUCAUUAAGAGCGCGCUCUGAUCCUGACAGUGAAAAUCUCACUCGACUCAAGCGCCAGGCCCAGGGUCAGCUGAACAAACUGUCUGAAGCGAAUAUGCUCUCAAUUGUUGCGGAGUUCGAAAAGCUGUACCGUGACUAUCCACGUCAACACGUUACAUCUACUCUGAUUAACUUGUUAAUGGCCCUUAUUUGCGAGAGAGCCGCUCUGAACGACACAUUUCUCAUCUUGCACGCCGGUUUCAUCUCAGCAUUGUACAAGCUCCUGGGAAUGGAUUUCGGUGCGGAGAUUGUGCAAACAGUAGUCGAAACUUUGGAUGCCGAAGGAGACGAACGUGGCAAAUUUCAAGGAAAGGAGACUCUGAACCUGGUCUCUCUUCUCUCCCAACUUUACAACUUCCAUGUUAUUGGUUCGACAUUGAUGUUUGAUUAUGUCCGCCUGUUCGUACAGAACAUCACAGAAGCGAACACAGAAUUGCUUCUUAAGGUCAUCCGAAACUCUGGCCCACAACUUCGAAUGGAUGACCCGUCAGCGUUGAAGGAUAUUGUAUUACUCAUUCAGCCCUCCGUGGCAAAGGUCGGGGAGGACUCCCUCUCCGUUCGAACCAAGUUCAUGAUCGAUUUGAUCACAGACUUGAAGAACAACCGCUCCAAGUCUGCGGCCGCAGCUGGAGCGGGUAUCACCACUGAACAUAUUACCAAGAUGCGUAAAAUCCUUGGUUCUCUGAACAAUUCUCGAGUCAUUCGUGCAUCCGAGCCCAUCAACAUCUCUCGCGACGAUAUCCACAACUCUACAAAGAAGGGCAAGUGGUGGUUGGUCGGCGCAAGCUGGAAGGAAGAUCCUCUAGUAGCCGCCCAGCGGGAAAUGGAAGAUGCGCCGACAAACCAAGUCCAAGAUGAUGAAAGCGACGGCGAACCUGACUUCGGCGAACUGGCCAAGGCCCACCGCAUGAACACAGAUAUCCGUCGGUCGAUCUUCGUUGCCAUCAUGUCUGCCAAUGACUUCCAGGAUGCGCAUGUCAGACUGAUGAAGUUGCGCCUGAAGCGUGCCCAGGAAUUCGAGAUUCCUCGUGUUCUCCUGCACUGUGCUAUGGAGGAGCAGGCCCACAACCCAUACUACACGCUCAUUGCUCGCCGCAUUUGCGGUGAUAUGGGACGACGCAUCAAGAUGUCGUUCAUGUUUGCUCUCUGGAACGUCUUCAAGAAGAUGGGCGAGCGAGGAGAUAUGGAUGACGAUGAGGACGAUAGCUUCGAUCCUGAUGAUCUGGAGAAUGGAGUCAGCAUGAAGGCUGUGGUUAACCUGGCCAAGAUGUACAGCUAUCUGAUUGCGGACGGCAGCCUGACACUGAGCAUUCUGAAGAACCUCAACUUCGCAUACCUGCAGCCAAAGACCAAGACAUUCGUGGAGGUUCUGAUAAUCACCAUCAUCCAACAGUCACAAAAGUCCAAGAAGAAGAAGAAAUCUAAAAGUUCCAAGACUGCGGAGCCCGAGAGGAACGAAGAGGCGUUGAUGCAAAUCUUUUUGCGUGUCAAGGAGACACCCCAGAUCGGCAAGGGUCUCAUCUACUUUGUGCGAAAGGUCGUCGCAAAGAGUGAUAUUGUUGCUGACGAGGACCAAAAACUCGUUCGGUGGGGAUGCAAUGUGGCGGUGGAUGCCCUCAAGGCUGUGGCGGACUAG